GUAUGAAAGUAAAGGAAAACAAUGGGCAAAAAAUAGACCAGACCACCCUGUAGGUCUUGCACCAACUGAUGUGGCAGCUAUGAAGGCACGCCAGCAGGCAGCUGAUAUGGGUAUUCCAGGUUUGGCACCAUCUGCCAAGCAAGGUGGCAUCUCCAAAUCACAGAAAAGAAGCAGCAGCAAAAAAGAAGGCCACUGCAGAGGGAUGCAGCCAGUUGCUUCUGAUCCGACAAAACGGUUACGAAACCUCAAGAAAAAGUUACGUGAUAUUGAGAAGCUCGAGAAGCAAAUCGCAAGUGGUGACCUCAAGAAUCCAGAACCUGAGCAACUAGAAAAGGUGAAAAAGAAAGAGGAGGUAAUACAGCAAAUUGAAAACUUAGAAGAUGAAAUUGUCGACUCCCAGUAGUGAACUUAAGUUUUAGAAAUGGGAUAAGAUUAGAAUUAAACUAAAAAGAAAUACUGUUUCACAGAAGUUAGUGCAACUCUGCUAAUGUGACUUGCAGGAAGUUUUCACUGAUAUGAAAAUUUUAAUAGAAAUUGGAAAAGUACCUAAUGUUAAUAAAAAAAUAAAGAUAUUUGUAAA